GGAGUGAACGUGAACAGCCGAGAGGAAGAAGACGAAGAAGAAGAAGAGGAGGAGGAAAAAAAGCAGAAGCUGUGAUAACGUCGAAACAAGUGCAGCUUGGCUUUUCAUCACUCAAGCGCUGCAGCCGAGAAAAAUAAAUAAUCGUGUCCCAGAGCUGUGAAAUCAAAUCGACUCCCGCGCGUGACCCACGAUGGCUGUGAACGUGUACUCGACCUCAGUGACCAGCGACAACCUAAGUCGUCACGACAUGCUGGUCUGGAUCAACGAAUCUCUACAGAUGAACCUCACCAAGAUUGAAAUGUUGUGUUCAGGUGGAGCCUACUGCCAGUUCAUGGACAUGCUGUUCCCCAACUCUAUUCCUCUGAAGAAAGUUAAAUUUGGUGCCAAGCUGGAGCACGAAUACAUCCACAACUUCAAGCUCCUGCAGCUUGUCUUCAAAAAGAUGGGAGUUGACAAAAUCAUUCCAGUGGACAAACUUGUGAAGGGGAAGUUCCAGGACAACUUUGAGUUCGUCCAGUGGUUUAAGAAGUUCUUUGAUGCCAACUACGAUGGCAAGGAAUACGAUCCAGUGGAGGCAAGGCAGGGCCAGGAUGCCAUGCCCACACCCAACGCCGCCACAUCAGCACUCAACAAACCCCCCAAAAAGGCCUUAAGUCAAGCUCCUCAGAGGCCCCCCGUCGCCAAGGUCGCGCCCAAGUUGGCUCCCGUCAGUGCCAGGAAGCCGGGGAUGGGAGGAGGGGAUGAGGAGCGGGCGGAGCUCAUGAAUGAGGUGGAGAUCCUGAAAAACACCAUUCAGGACAUGGAGAAGGAGAGAGACUUUUAUUUUGGUAAGCUGCGGAACAUUGAGCUGAUCUGCCAGGAGAAGGAAGGCGAGGGUGACCCCACGCUCCAGAGGAUCAUAGACAUCCUUUACGCCACAGACGAGGGUUUUGUGAUACCUGAUGCUGAGGAGCAGGAGGAGUUUUAAUAUUCAAGACUGCAAGCAACUUAUCACUUAGAUGCCCUGGUCUACAAACGAGAUCCUUCCUCAAACCAAGACAGCCAGUUUGGUUUUUAUAUCCGACUCCAAACCUGAUCUCGACUUGUGGCCCCUCCCUCUCCCUCCCUCCCUCCCACCACGCCACCUUCCCUGAAUCCCAACAUGCCGGACUUCUUCCUUUUUCCUUCAGGCCUGACGCGCAGCUUCGCCCCUUCUUCUUCCCUCAAACGUCUUUUACCAACAAUUGACAACAAUCAAGCCUCGGCCAUUGCCUGUCAGUCCCCCACCCUCACCCGGAAUCCCAACCUUCCCAGAACCAGAUUGUGCCGUACUCAUCUGGUUUUAUUAAUGGACUUCAGUGUGAAAAACACAGUGAUGUUCUGUGUGUGUGUGUGUGUGUGUGUGUAUGCGUGCGUGUGUGGUUGUAUGUGUUUAAAAAUCAAUCUGAAAAUAAUCAAACGUGACGAACCUCCUCUGAAGACCCGGCUGUCACUUCACCGACCUCUUUGUCCCAAACUAAGCCCGACUGUUUGGUGCCUGUUUGAUGACAGGUCGGCCGCCUCGAGCCUCUUGUGCUCACGCUGAAUUUAUUCAUUCAGAGGAAGAUGGGGGGGAAAAAUAACGCACACAUUCCCAACCAGACGACUUAGUUUAGCAUCGUUUUGAAACAACUCUGAGUUGCUGUAUAUUUGGUCCUAGUUUGAAAUGGUAAAAAUGUCACUUGAUCCAGGCAGCAGGUUUUCAGAAACACUGCUAACGUCGCUGAUGUGACGGUUGGACAGAGAAGAUAUGAAGGAAAAACGCUGGGGCUCAGGGUUUAGUCUGGGGCGAGGCAACAGUCGGGUCUUCUAUCUGCCGUAUUUCCACCUGUGACAAAUUGUCGCCACCAAGGACGCCAUCUUGAUUUUGUCCUGAUCAGCUUCAGAAGAGCUUUUGUAAAUUUAUGCUACUGUUUUAUCACCUUUCCCCCCCUGUUGUAGGUUAAAAAAUUACUUUUUUGGAGGGGAAGGCACCUUCCUGUCAUGCUCUCACAUCUUUUUUAUAUUUGUUUUCUGUUCAGUUUGAGGUUUUUUUUCUCACGCUUUACUACACGCUUGCUCUGUAGGAAAGAUUUUACUUGUGUGCAGAGAAGUGCUCUUGGGUUUCUGCUUUCUUGAUCAGUCGUCUUUCCGCCUCCCUCAUGCUCCCACUUCACCUUGGUCUUCACAUUUUCUCGCAUCGUAAAUGUGUGACUCUUUAUACCAGGAAAGUGGCUUACUCUUCCGGUCGGUGUGAGAUGAAGUGUCUGGCAGCCUUUUUGACCAACAUGCCAAUGUUUAGUACAAAAAAAGUGCAAAAAUCAAGUUAGAGACUGCAUGAUUGUUUUUGUAUGUUUUUGUCUUUUUUGGAAAAGUCUGUUUUAGGGCAGAUGCACUGUUUUAUACCAGUGGCCUUUAAUCAGCCCCUAGCCAAUAAUAAAAAAAGAGAUAAAUCCUGAAGGGUGAUGGGUAAUCCAGAGCAGCCACAUUACAAACACUGUGAGCUCUGACUGUGGCCGAUCCGUGUAGCCGGUCACAGUCGAGACGACCAUCUGAAAUCUGCCUGGGUGAAGCUGUGGAAGAGACUCGUGUGCUCGUUUCAGCCGUAUCAUCAGAUAGAUUGAUGAAACUUUCUUUUGCCCUGAAGCUGUAAAAAAAGAAAAAAGAAGUGGGAUCAAUGUGAAACAAAAAAUUAAACCUUGCCACUCUGAAGGUGUAUUCCUUUCUGGGAGUCUCCCUGUGUUUUGUACUUCCACACCCUGAUUGACCAAUUUUAAUACUAAUAUUGUUUAUUGUGGAUCUAAUUUCAGACCAGUUUUCCACUGUACUGUGUGAAAUAUCAUUUCUGACGUGUUUGUACUGAAUUAGAAACAAAACUAGUGUUGGUUUCACACAAACUAUCUUGAUGGCCUUAUUCAUAAAAAUAUUUUUCUUUUUCUUUUCUUUUUUCAUAAUAUUUUUCAUAAUUUUUCUUAUUUUCUUUUUCUUUUAUGUAAGUCUCUGCUGUUCUGGGUAAAUGUUUGUGCUGUUACAGUCGUAUUUUUAAAUGUGUUCUGAAAAUAAACUACAUUGGAGGUA